AUGCUCUUUUACCUUCGGUAUGUUAAUGCCAACAAAGCAUUCCAGCGAUUUAGAAGGCAAGAGAAGAAGCAAAAUAAUUCAUCAGCAUGGAUUCGAUCGCUUGGAAGGAAGAAAAAUACCCCUUCACGAUCUAGAGCGUCAAAUCCCGUGUCUAGAGCCAGAAUCAGCCUUCGAACUCCAACUCCUCUGAGGCCAGAGAUAACACGACCCAAUGCCACGAUAGCGAGACGAAACGAGCCAACCGAGAAUGUGUGUCAGGAACACACAGAGUACAAUCUUCCAAGCACCCCACCUCCCAUUUAUACACCUAUGGCCAAAAACGGAGACGUUUGUAUAGGAAAUGAAUACGCGAGAGAUGUGGAUGGAAUGGAGACAAAUGGGAUGGGUGAUACGUAUGGAAUGGGAGCUGCAAAUGGGAUGGGCGAUACAAAUACCGAAGCACAUAUCCAGAGUUCCCCAGCCUACGUUCGAAACUAA